GGGAAGGAGCUUAGCUGGCUUUGUUCUAAUAGCUGUAAUCACCCCAAGCGCAACCAUGAGCCCUGUUGCGCUGGGUGCCGCAGCCCGGCGGCGGCGGGGGCUGCUGGCCUCGGCUCUCCCCGCCGUGCCGCGCCGGCUGUCGCUCCGUCUCCGAUGGCAGCUUGCACUUUGUUCCUGCUUGGAACAAGUGCCCUCGCUUGGCUUUAUUGCACAAAAGACCGCAUUUACAUAAACAGGGGAAAGGUUGGUCAGAAGGUGAAGAUGAGGCGUCUUGAAGGGAAGCCGGUGGCUUAAAUACCCCAAACUCACCGUCUCGCCCAGCUACCGAGCCUGGAAGGAGGAAAAAAAAGCAGGAGUGGGAUUUUGACUUCCCCCCUCCCACCCCCUCUCUUCCGACAGUGUUUUCAGACACUGCCACUACCCCCAGCGAGCAGGACCCGUGCCGAGAGGAGGAGGGCAUCUCUGCAAAGUGAGGCCCAGCGGUGAAGAGCAGCAUGGACCCGGAUGUGCUGAACAUGUUUGUCAUCGCCGGUGGCACCUUGGCCAUCCCCAUCCUGGCCUUCGUGGCCUCCUUCCUCCUCUGGCCCUCAGCGCUCAUCCGCAUCUACUAUUGGUACUGGCGCCGAGCCUUGGGUAUGCAGGUUAGAUAUGCAAACUACGAUGACUAUCAGUUUUGUUAUUCCUAUAGAGGGAGACCUGGAUACCGACCGUCCAUCCUGAUGUUACAUGGGUUCUCAGCCCACAAAGACAUGUGGCUGUCCAUAGUCAAGUUCCUGCCGAAGAACCUGCACUUGGUGUGCGUUGACAUGCCCGGGCACGAGGGCACGACCCGCUCGGCCUUGGACGAUUACUCCAUUAGCGGGCAAGCUAAGAGAAUCCACCAGUUCGUGGAGUGCAUCAAGCUGAACAGAAGGCCCUUUCAUCUGGUCGGCACUUCCAUGGGGGGGAACGUAGCUGGCGUCUAUGCCGCGCAGUACCCAGAAGACAUUUGCAGCCUGACUCUCAUCUGUCCUGCAGGCCUGCCAAGCACCACCGACAGCAAGUUCAUUAAGCAGCUCCGGGAGCUGCAAGAGUCCGACAGCAUCGACAGGAUCCCUUUAAUUCCCUCCACGCCUGAGGAGAUGGCGGAUAUGCUGAAGCUUUGCUCUUACGUCCGCUUCAAGGUGCCGCAGCAGAUCCUCCAGGGCCUCGUUGACGUUCGCAUCCCGCACAACGAUUUUUAUCGGAAACUGUUCUUAGAAAUCGCGGAUGAAAAGUCCAGGCACUCUCUCCAUGAGAACAUGGGCAAGAUCAAAGCGCCGACGCAGGUCAUCUGGGGAAAGCAGGACCAGGUCCUGGAUGUUUCCGGCGCCAGUGUUUUGGCGAGCGCUAUCCCGGACUGCCACGUGUACAUCCUGGAGAACUGCGGGCACUCGGUGGUGGUGGAGCGGCCCCGCAAGACGGCCAACCUCAUCCUGGAGUUCCUGGCGCUGCUGCACAGCACGGACAACAACAAGAAGCAGGCGUGAGCGUGGCAGGGAGCCGAGCACCCGCGCCGGGUCUUUUCAAUUGUAAAGUACUGCAGCUUUGAUAAGUUCUCAGGGAUCUUGUACGAAUCGGGAUGAAUGUGCCAAAGUCCCUGAGGAAGGCAGAAUCACUGAUACCUAAACCUAUAGCACCGCCGGCACAGCGACCUAGGGGUCAUUGAGCAACCUCCAUAGAUACGGGAACGGAAGCAGAAUUCUCUCCCUUUUCUACUUAGAGAUAAAGUAGAAACGAGCUGAAAUCACCAAGCACUAGCCAUGCCAUGUGCUGGAGCUCCUUAUGCAGCCACCCACCUUACCCGAGUUACCGGCACGUAGUUGUUAAUGACAUUUACCUAAACUAUAUAAGAAGCUUAGGAAGGAGGAAGCGUCCUGGACUGAGACUUACGAUAUUUCUACUAGAGUCCGUCGCGUUGCAUGCUGCCGUGCUGUAAGAACCCCAGUGCUCCAGGCGUCUGCUCGAGUGCUUUUUGUGUAGCUCCCUUAACUCGUGAUUUUAUGCAGAAAACAACCGAAAACUUCAUGCGUGGAAGUCCAAUGACUGUAUGUGCAAAAAAUGUUUACACUUUGAGUGGGUUUUUUUUUAAAUCCCCCAACAGCUCCUGUGUAUAUGUAAUGCCUUAACGUUGCCCAGGGUGCGGCACCCGCGCACAGCCUGCCUCGCCCGGGGGGUGGCUCCCCCGCUGGGUGAACAUUGCGAGUGACAACUCGGGGUGCAGACAGCAGUUGUGUGACCCGGAGGGACGGAAAACCCCCAUCCCGGGGCGAUUCGGUCCCUGAGCCCGAGUCAGCAAUAAGCCUGCAGGCAGGGUGCGAGUCAGGAAACUCGGGCGAACUCCUGUCUCAGCGCCUCUAUCGCGUCGCGCUGCUGCACGCUUUGAUGUAAAUAACGACUUCCUUAAUGAAUUCCGUGAAUUCUGCAAACGCCGACGUCACCCAAAGCAGGCGCGCGGGGCGGGAGCGGGCUGUGCGUGUGAGUAGGGCAGGGGAUGGGGGCUCCUGGGCUCGCUGGGAUGCGAGGAGGGGGCACGGCUCGCCUGCCAGGCACUGGCGUGGAAAGGUACGGUGUGCUUAUACGUCCUCUCGAUGAUUGUAACUCCUGACCGAGCGAAAUUAUGGGUAGAAACGGGCAAUGGCAGACAAGCUACGCUUUGCUGCCUGCGGGGUGACGUGCGGGGAGGGAUCCUGCGCCUCCCCGGCUGCGGUCCCUCGCUGCGUGUCCCAGCGGGAGGGGGCUGGUCCUGGUGUCGGCGGGACCCACGGCUGCUGGGAGGGUGAGGCGGUGCGUGGUCCUCUGGAAGGCAAAGCAGCAGGCGGCCGUCACCCCCUCGGUCACCCCCAGCCCUCCCCGGGGACUGACACCGGGUGCUCAUGGAGCCUCCCCCCGCCAGGCCGGGUGCGCAGGCUGGCGGUGCCGACAGCCACCUUCCCGCCGUCUUCCCCAGGUACCCCCAUCUGUACAUGUAGAUCUGAAACUCCCCAUGGGCUUCUCUGCUCUUUUUCAGAGAAGAAACAUCGUUCUUUUAGAAAAUUAGGAAUUUGCUGUCAAUUGCUUGGUUAUUGUUUCUACUACAGGAGUUAAUGUAAAAAAAAAAAAAAUAAAAAAAAUUGCUGAUAGUUUUAUGUGGUACAAGCCAGAAAAAAGUUGUUGGGUAUCUGUAUGGUUUCUCAUAUGCCACAGAUUGCUGUACACAAAGGAUUUAUAUGGCUAUUAAAAUUUAGUGAUUUAAGGA